AAAACAUAUACUAUCAUGAUCACGUGUUCCACAUAUUUCCAUAUUUAUAUAUAAUAAAGUGAAUAUUUCACAUCUAUAUAUCUAAAAACAAGUUUCUCUUAAGAAUAAAGAUGUGAACUCUUAAGAAAUCAUCAAUGGAAGAAGCCAGGUUGAGAAAGCUAGGUGGGUCUUUGAGAGUUCCUAACGUUCAACGACUGGCAAUGCAACAACUAGCAGCUGUUCCGCCGCGAUAUAUUCGUAAUGAUAUCGAAAAUCAAUCAUAUAAUCCUUCAAUAUUAUUGCCUCAAGUUCCAGUUAUUGAUAUGAAAGAACUACUGGAAAUUGGAGAUGGUCAGGAUGAUGCAGAGCUUGAGAGGCUUCAUCUUGCUUGCAAAGAAUGGGGAUUUUUCCAGGUGGUGAAUCAUGGGGUGAGUUCAUCAUUGAUAGAGAAAGUGAAGUCAGAAAUCAAAGCAUUUUUCGAUUUACCAAUGGAAGAGAAGAAGAAGUUCGAGCAACAAGAAGGAGAUCUCGAAGGAUAUGGGCAAGCCUUUGUUGUAUCUGAAGAACAAAAGUUAGAUUGGGCGGACAUGCUAUACAUGAUCACUCUUCCUACUCAUUUGAGAAAACCUCACUUAUUUCCAAACCUCCCUCUCUCAUUUAGGGAUGUGCUGGAACAAUACUCAGCAGAACUCAAUGAACUUGCCAUGAAAAUUAUGCACAAAAUGGCUAAGGCAUUAGGGAUGAAAGCAGAAGAUAUGAAUGUACUAUUUGAAGAAGAUGGGACACAAAUGAUGAGAAUGAAUUAUUAUCCACCUUGUCCUCAACCAGAGCUUGUAAUGGGCUUAUCUCCUCACUCUGAUCCUGUUGCUCUAACCAUACUCCUUCAGGUUAAUGAGGUUGAAGGUCUUCAAAUUAAGAAUGGUGGAGCUUGGGUUCCUGUUUCAUAUCUUCCUGAUGCCUUUGUUGUUAACGUUGGAGACAUUUUAGAGAUUGUGACAAAUGGAAUUUACAAAAGCAUAGAACAUCGAGCUAUGGUUAGUAAGGAGAGGGAAAGGAUGUCGAUUGCAACACUUUUGAGCCCCAAAUUGGAUGGUGAUUUAGGUCCAGCACCUAGUCUCCUCACUGCUCAAACUCCUGCACAAUUUAGGAGGAUUGGAGUUGUUGAUUACUUUAAGGGAUUUUUUUCUCGAGAGCUUGUUGGAAAAUCAUACAUAGAUACUAUAAGGAUUGGAAAUAGAGAUGAUGCGAGCAAUUGAAUGUUUCAUUUUGGUUUGGAUGCUUUUUUAUGUGUUUUUGCUAAAUACAGUACUCUUUAUUUCAUUGUACUAUGUGUGGUUGGACUAUCUAUUUACUCGAUACAAAGUUUAAGAUAUUAAUGUAUUUGGUAAUAAUGGAAAUUACAAAGUUUAAGACAUUACA